AAUGUUCUCUGAUGUUGAUAAUCCUGUUGAGAAACUAAACAGCAGCUUACCACCAGAAAUACGUGUUUUAGCAAUGAGAAGAGUAACUAAGGGUUUUAAUUGCAAAAAUAAUUGCGAUUCUAGGACUUACACAUACUUGAUACCAACUCAUGCCUUUAGUCCAAAAGAUGAUGACCUGAAACCUUCUCAAUAUCGAAUUGAUACAGCAUCACGUGAGAAAGUUGACGAAUGCUUGUCAAAGUUUGUAGGAGUUCACAAUUUUCAUAAUUUCACAAGUGGAAAGAAAUUUAGAGAUCCUAGCGCUAAAAGAAAUAUACUCUCAUUUAAAAUGGAGGAACCAUUUGUUAGAGAGGAAAUGGAAUUCGCAGAAUUAAGAGUGAAGGGUCAAAGUUUCAUGAUGCAUCACAUUCGAAAAAUGAUUGGUUUGACAAUAGCUAUUGUUAAGGGUUAUACAACUGUCGAUUUAAUUGACAAAUGCUGGCAAGCUGGUAAAGUGGACGUACCAAAGGCACCAGGAUUAGGUCUAUGGCUAGAAACGCUUCAUUACGACAUGUAUAAUAAGCGCUUUGCAAAGUCACAUGACUCGCUCGAUUGGGCAGAUUUUCAGGAGGAUAUUGCUAAUUUUAAAAAGAAUUAUAUAUAUCCAACAAUUAUAGAAUGCGAAGCUAAAGAAAGACCGAAUAUUUCCUUAACACAUUUUAGUAUGAUAGACUGGUUAAACACUUUAUCUAUUCAUCAUUAUGAUGAAAUCAUACGAGACGCCCCUGAAAAAGAAACUGAAAAAAUUGACGAGAAUAACACGGAUAGAGACGAAAAUGAAACUAUCAAAGAUAAUGACAUUGAAAAAAUUGACGAAAAUAUUGAAAUAGCUACCACCGAAUAG